GCUCUUGGCGGAGCCGGGAACAUCAUCACGAUCCACACGUUCUUGCGCAUGGGCUGCUCCGACGCCGUCAACUUGUCGCUGGCGUGGCUCGCCAUGUCCGAUCUGCUGUUCCUCGUGUCCGUUCUCGUCAACUCCGCUGCUUUGAUCCUCAAGUCUGUUGAGGAGCUGACCGGUUACAGACUUUGGUUCCCGGUUGAACCGGAAGCUGUCUACAUUGUCUUCGCGAACACCGGAGCCGGUUCCUACGCCAUCACGAUGCUCAUCACCACAUUCAUCACGAUUGUACGCUGCCUGGGCGUGGUCAAACCCUUGCACUUUAGGAACCUGUUGUCGUGGAACGCAACGGUCGCCAUCUUGUCACUGUUUUCGUCUCUUUCAGCCGUAUCUGUUAUUUUACUGUUGGCUUACCUGGGUAUAACUCCUCAACUGGACCCAAAUCUCAACAGCACAAGACCCACCCUCUGGUUCUCUCCUAGGAGAAAAUUGAUCAAGGAUGUCAUAUUUUCACUGAGAGACGCUUUGUUACCAUUUGUCUCUCAAGUACUUGUCAGCAUCUGCGUGGUCAUUAUGGCGAAUUCUCUUCGGAGGUCAUCAAAAUUUCGUGAAAGGCAUGGAACAACUGUAAAUGUUCAAAUUAAACUACAAAAAAGUGGUUCCAGUAUGAGGAUUCCGCGGCGGAACACUGGUUCUGGUACCAAUCUAUCGCCAUCAGACAGGUAUAGAGGUAAUUUCGACAGAACAGACCAGACUUUAGUCAGUAGUAGCACAGCUCAGUUCAGCAGUGCCGACGACGACAUACCGGUCAAGCUUGCUUGCAAAGGGCUACAAGCUGUCCGACAAAUGCUAAUCAUAGCAUCCUUCUACACCGUGUGUAACCUACCGAAGGUGGCCACCAACCUUGCAGAACUCAGCGUACCCGGGUUCUCCCUGGGACACCGCUAUCAAACCAUUUACAACACUGUCGACGGCAUCCGAGAACUGUUCCAAACCAUCAAUGCCGCCGCAGGGUUCUUGAUCUAUAUGAGUUUCAAUUCCAUGUUUAGGAGGCGUUGUGCUCUU